UUUAGAAAUAAGUGAAAUAUAUAUCUAUAAAUGGAAGGUGCACCAGCUAGUAGAGGUGGAUUCCGCGGUGGUCGUGGUGGUCCCGGUGGUCCUAUGAGAGGACGCGGAGGUUUCGGAGACAGGGGAAGGGGUGGACCUCCAAGAGGAGGAGGAGGUAUGAUGAGAGGUGGUAGAGGUAGUGGACCUGGAGGUGGUAUGAGAGGUGGACCACCUGGAAUGAGAGGCAGAGGUGGUCCUCCUGGUAGAGGUGGUCGUGGUGGUGGACAUUUUCCUCCUGGAGGACCACCAGAUCCAGGAAUGUCUAGUGGUCCAGGAGGUGGUGGACCACCAUUGCCAGGAAUGGGAGGUCCACCACGUGGUGGCAGUAGAGGAGGUGGAAGCAGUGGUUUUCGAGGUAGAGGAAGAGGUGAUUUUGGUAGAGGAGACAAUCGUGGAGGUAAUAGUAAUUUUCGAGGUAGAGGAGGAAUGGAUAGAGGCAGCAGAGGAGGAUCUAGAGGAGGAUCUGGGAGAGGUGGUCCAGGAGGCAGAGGUUUUGGAGAUCGUGGAAGCAGAGGUAGUGGACGCGGUGGUGGUGGUCCAUCAAAAAGAGGUGGUGGACCUCCAGGUUCAAGUGGACCUUCAAAAAGACCAAGAUUUGAUCAGCCAUCUUCUCAACCUGCAAAUGGUUAUGCGACACAACCACCAAGUCAAGGCGGAUAUGGAGGAAGUACUAGCAAUGCCUAUGGUGGAGGACAGCAACAACCACAACAGCAACAGCCUGUGGGAUAUGGUGGCGGUUAUGGAUCACAAAAUUAUACUCAAUCAUCAUAUCAAAGUUAUGAAAGUUAUCAGCAACCUCCAGAUUAUGGUCAAACAGCUGGAUAUCCACCAUCAGCAGCUACUGAUAGUAGGUAUGGUGGAGCACCUACUGUACCAGCUACAGGAGCUUUCAGUGCUGGUGAUCCUUACAGUUAUGGCAAAGCACCACCAUCAGCCAAUUACCAGCAGGAGGCAGUGGUAGCAGUAGCAGGGGGUGGGGGUGCAGGUUAUGCCCCCAUUAACUCUUACGAUGACCGAUCUUCUAAUGCCACUUCUAUGACCAACAGGGGUGGUUACUCGACACAACUUUAUGAUUACUCGAGUCAAGAUGGUGUAUAUGGAAAACAAGAUUAUGGUGGCAGUGCUGGUUACCAAAACGCCCAGUCUCAGCGACGUUAUUAAAUUACACAUACAACUAUUUAAUUCUAAAUAUUUAGAUAACAUUUCUUUUUUCCAAAUUUAAAAAAUAAAAGUAUAUCGUUCCUAGCGCGUGAAAAAGUUGGACAAAUAUUAUUUGUCAUGAACACUAAGUGUUUUAUAAUUAAUAAUUUAUUUGUCACUAUGACAAAUUUUUAUAUUCAAAUGAAAAAAGUGAGCUGAAAAAAAGAAUAAUGCUUUCUAAUGAAAUUUGUGAUUUUCUAUCUUUGUCGCGCGCAUGGAAGACGCGGUAAGACCAAACGAUUGUUUAAUUAUUAUAAAAAAUUAUAAAAAAAAAAGUAUAAAUGACAUGAACAUUUUAUACUUGACUUAGCAGUAUAGCAUUCUAUUCUUUUUGUCAUGUUUGGCUAACGAUAUUACUUUAGAAUUAAGUUGAGUUGAUGUACAGUUUAUCUUUUUUUUUCUGUAUCUUAAAAAGCAAUCUGCGAUUGUGAAACAUUAUUAAAUCGUAAUUAUCUUCAUUGUAAUUAUUAAGGACAAAGAUAUUUACGCUAUUUGUAAAGUCAUUAAUCGGUUAAUCAUUGUGAACAUACACAUACAUAGCUCAAUGAUAUUAAAAAAUUUUAAAUAUAAAAAAAAUGAAUAUUUUAUAUUCUGUAUAAAAAAAAAGAAAAAGCAAUUGUAUUUUGUGGUGUAUUUUGUUUUACAUUUAACCGAAUUGAAAAAAAGAAUCGUGUAUCAGAAUAUGAUGCCCUCCCUUAUUAUGCGUUUAAUAAUGCGAUAUUUUGAUUCUGAAAAUAUAUUAAUACAAAAAACAAACUUAUAAUAUAAUAGAUCAGUCUUACUGUUGCGACAUUUCAUUUCAUAUACAUAUAUAUGAAUCAAUUUAUAUGUAGUUUUAACAUGUAGAGCUCAAUUUUUGCGUGAGUUAUAUAUAAAAUGCUCUGCUUAGUGGUGAUAAAAAAGUUUUUUGUUUUUGAGACAUCAAAUGAAAAAAUAUUAGAAAACUUAUCAAUAAUGUUAGGAAUUUAUUUUAAUUAUAAUUUAAAUAUUAAUCGCAGAUUGAAAUGUCACAUCGGCAGAGACAAUCAAAAUUCAAUAUUAGCGAUUAAAAAAAUAGAUAUUUAUAUGAAAUCGAAAAGCGAUGUAUUAUAAAUUAUUCAAGGUUCAAUAUGCAUGAAUACGAAAAAAUGUUCCAAUCAGUUGUGUACGUUAAAGUACAUAAAAAUUAUAUAAGACAAAUAAUGUGGUCUUAUAUUCUGUUUAUUAUUAUAAGUUAUUAUGAAAUUGUCUAAAAACUGUAUUAAAAGUCAGCGUCGCAUGUCAUUGGUAUAGUGAUAGUGAAUCAAUUUAAUUGUUGUAAGUAUUAGAGUAAUAACAAGCGAAAUGAAAAGAAACUUUGAAAAAAAGAACCAUGAAAAAAA